GGGUGAUUUUACAUGGAAAGAUUGUGGAAAAAUGCUGAAUCCUCUCAGGAUCUGUGUGCUUCCAGCGCUGUUCCCUCUUUCCCUGAGGAUAAAUCAGUGGGGUGGAGGAGCCGUGGUUGGAGCUGUGGUUGGAGGGCUGGGAAUGCCAAAUCCAACAGCAGUGUGGUUUCUCUCCCAGCAUCCCAGAGGCACCAUGAUCCCCAGCGUGGGCCCCCGGAGCUGCUGCCUGCUCCUGCUGCUCUGCCUCCUCCUCCUCCCCUGCCCGCGGGUCCGGGCGGGCAGGGACAGCCCCGCAGUGUCCGCAGCCUCCUUCCUGCAGGAUCUGCUCCAGCGCUACGGGGAGAGCCAGACCCUGAGCCUGAAGCAGCUCAAGGCCCUGCUGAACCGCCUGGAUGUGGGAGUGGGACACGCCAAUGUCUCCCAAACACCUCAGCAGCGCCUCAACCUCUCCAGGUGCUUCAGCUCCGUGGAGCUUUUUGCCAUCCACAACCUGAGCGAGGGCUCCCCUGUGGGGCACAGCGAGUUCAAGGAGUUCUGCCCCACCAUCCUGCAGCAGCUGGAGUCGGGGGCGUGUGCCUCUGAAAACCUGGAAAACGAGGAGAAUGAGCAGACAGAGGAGAGCAGGCCCAGCUCAGCUGAAGUCUGGGGUUAUGGUUUCCUCUGCGUCUCCGUCAUCUCCCUGUGCUCGCUGGUGGGAGCCAGCGUGGUGCCCUUCAUGAAGAAGACAUUUUACAAGAGGCUGCUGCUCUACUUCAUAGCUCUGGCGAUUGGAACUCUCUACUCCAACGCCCUCUUCCAGCUCAUUCCCGAGGCGUUUGGAUUCAACCCUCAGGAGGAUUAUUAUGUUUCCAAAUCUGCUGUGGUGUUCGGGGGCUUCUACCUCUUCUUCUUCACAGAGAAGAUCCUGAAGAUGCUCCUGAAGCAGAAGGACCAGCACCACCACGGGCACAGCCACUAUGGCCCCGAGGCUCUGCCCUCCAAGAAGGACCGGGAGGAGGGCGUGACAGAGAAGCUGCAGAACGGGGACCUGGACCACAUGAUCCCACACAUCAGCAGCGACCUGGAGUGCAAGCCCCCCUCUGGGGAUGAGAAGGCUGUGGUGGGCUCCCUCUCUGUCCAGGACCUGCAGGCCUCCCAGAGCGCGUGCUACUGGCUGAAGGAGGUGAGGUACUCGGACAUUGGGACCCUGGCCUGGAUGAUCACGCUCAGUGAUGGCCUCCACAAUUUCAUCGACGGGCUGGCCAUCGGCGCUUCCUUCACCGUGUCCGUGUUCCAGGGGAUCAGCACCUCCGUGGCCAUUCUCUGUGAGGAGUUCCCACACGAGCUGGGGGACUUUGUGAUCCUGCUCAAUGCUGGGAUGACCAUUCGCCAGGCUCUCUUCUUCAAUUUCAUCUCUGCCUGCUGCUGCUACAUGGGCCUGGCCUUUGGCAUCGUGGCUGGCAGCCACUUCUCUGCCAACUGGAUCUUUGCUCUGGCUGGAGGGAUGUUCCUGUACAUAGCACUGGCUGACAUGUUCCCUGAGAUGAACGAGGUGAGCCGGGAGGACGAGCAGAACGGCAGCGCCCUCAUCACCUUCGCCAUCCAGAACGCGGGGCUGCUCACGGGCUUCACCAUCAUGGUGCUGCUCACCAUGUACUCAGGGCAGAUCCAGAUAGGGUAGGACCAGCCCGAGCUGAAGCCCUGAUCCAAUUUUUCCUUUUUUUUUUUUUGGGGGGGGGGGGGGGGGGUAUUUUUCCUUUUUGUUUUUUUUCCUUUCCUGCUGCAAACAUACGACGGUACCUGUGCGGGCACUGACGUCACACUACAGGAGAGACACUGCUUUGAAAGCUAUUCCAUGGAUUUUUUUUUUUUCUGGUUUAAGGCUGAGGGGAGUGGAAUUCCCCUUCCCAUAGGACUGACCUGACUUUUUUCCAGUGUCAUAUCCCUUCUCUCCUCACCUCUCCCAGGAAGGAUGGAAUGGGGAGACAGGAGCUGCUCCAGCCGUGCUCCCCUCGCUGUGCUCGGAGUGUUUCCAUGGGACAUGACGCUGUCCUGACCCGUCUGGGUCAGGGGACAGAUGGGGACAGACCCUUCCCCACCAGCCAGCCCUCAGAGCUGUGCUCUCCGAGGAUGAGGAGGUUCACCAUGGCACCAUCAUCCGACUGCUUCUGCUCCCUUUCAGCCUGGACAAUGCCCUGGCAAGAGCAGGGCUUUUAAAGCACAUUUUGGGUGUCAGUGGUCGGAGCAGAGGACACUAAACUGGAGUUGGAGUGACACUUGGGCUGCUGGGAGAAGCCUGCCAGGAUGCCCUGACCCCCCUUCAGUCCAUGCUGCUGGAACUGGGGGCAAAUCCCAACUCCUCCUCCGUGAGGGCUGGUGAGAAGGGGAUGAGAGCAGAGCCCUGCCCAGCCACAGGCUCCAGCCCAAGGAUUUUUCCUCAGGUUGUGUCCAAGCUCGUGGUGACACCUGGGAGCAGCCACCAGUUUUUCAACAGUGCUGAGGUUCAGGGUGGGGUGGGGGGUGUUUUUAAAAGCAAAACUCAGACUGUGAACCUCUUUAGGUUGUGUGUUCCCAGCCUUAGGGAGUAGCCAGAGAAGGGUGUUCCAGGCACUUCCCAGCUCUGCCUCCAGGCUGGCGUUCCCCAGAUUCACUAGGUGAAUUACUUAUUAUCAUAUUGAUAAGGUUGCCCACCCCACCCGUGUUGCUUGAGGUUCCCUCUCACCCCUUUUGCCCCCAGACCCCUUGUCCUGUACCUGGUGUGAGCUUGUGGCCGUGUGGAUUCUGGGGAAUCGCUCGUGUUUGGCGCUGGGUUGGGAUGGAGGAGAGCUGCAGGUGCUUUGGAAGUGUUUGUGAAGCGUCUUCCUUCACUCCCCACCUGUGCAGGUGUGUGGGGUGUGACAGGGUGGUGGCACUGUGCUGGAGCUGAGGCUCCCACACCUUCCCUUCCUCCCCAAGGAAAACAAAGCUGAGGUUGUGCCAGGUGUUAUUCCUGCUCGUUGCAGGACAGAGGGAUCUCCUGGCAGCAUUGUACCCUGGCUGGAUUGCUGUAAUCCCUGAAUUCCUGUAGUUCCUAACUGGAUGAUGUUCUUCCUAAGCUCCCAACAGCUGUCACUGAGCCUGUGGCCUCUGGCACUGACAGGAUCCUCAUGGAUCAUCACCUGCACUCUCAGUGGCUUUUCUAGUCUGGGCAUUUGUCCCCUGGCUCUUGGCUUUGUCCUGCACCCCAAGCCUAAAUAUCAACUUCUAGAGGAGCCUUUUUGGGAUCACGUUUCACCUGAAGGUGCCACACGGUCCUUGGGUGAUUCCCGAGGUGAUCCUCGAGGAGAGAUGGGCUCCCUUUUGUCCCAUGUGGUGUCUCUUGUGGAUUGUCACCAUAAGUCACCUUUCCCUGUGGGACAGAGCAGAGUGGCCUGUGCUGGCUCAGGCAAUCAUUCAGCACCUCGCAGGCAUUCCCUGCGCUGCUGAUUCCAGGACGAAAGUGGCACUGGAAACAUUUUCCUUGCUUGAGAGAGCCACAGCCUCGGCUGACUGACUCGAUGUGGAAAAUCUGAGUCCUUCCACUGGCACAGGUGCCCUCUCCUCUCUCUCAAGGAAUCAGUUGGAAAACACCAUGUGGCUGGCAGGGCACAAGGCACCAGAGCUGCAUCCCUGCUGGAAAAGCCUCCGUGGGGGAGGAUGGGGGGAAAAUCAGGGGGUUUGUCCCCUCUGGAUUCUCUGAAUCUUUGUCCCCAAGAGCUGGGAAGUGGCAGAGAGCAGGGCUUGGCUUCCUCAGAGCCAGCAGGAUUCACAAAUCCACCGUCUUCUCGUUUCGAGUUCAUCCCUGAUUCCUGAGAAAUCUGCAACCCGGAGAUUUGGCAUGGGGGGGAGGGUUGAGAAACGAGGCUGCCCUGCCACCAAGGAGAGCUCCUGUUCCCAGGCUGGGCAGGCUGGCACCUGCCAGUGCCAAAGGGAUGGGAACCCACCCAAAUCCAGCUCCUUGUGGAUUUUCACCCGUCUCUCCUUCCCCUCAUCCGUUUGGAAGCUCAAGUUCCAUCUCAGUAUUUCAAUUAUAACUCAGGUGUUGUAAGGAGAGGACGGCGCCGAAACAAAAGAGCGUUAACUUAAAAUGUCACGUGGAUUGUACAGAUAUUUGUAAAAUUCCAUAAAUAAAAUAUAUUCUGUAAUGAC